AUGCUCAGUUCUCUCCUGGCGACACUGGCAUCUCCCUCAUCACGCAGAUCUAUUCCAUCAGAAGCGAAGCUAGCUCUCAACCAUUUCGGCAAACAAUUAUCGGCGACCAUGGCCACCGGCAAGAGCAAGUAUGAUCAUCUCCCGCUCGCCAACAAAGGUCCGCUGAAGGUGCCUCUCCACGGACGACUUCUCCUGGACAAUCCAUUCUACAACAAGGGAACUGCCUUCACCGCACAAGAACGUCUAGACUUGGACCUCAAAGGCCUUCUUCCCACCAAUAUUCAGACUCUCGAGGAACAAGUCGACAGAGCUUAUCAGCAAUACUCCACUCGUGGAGAUGACCUGGCCAAAAACACCUUCAUGACUUCAAUGGCCGAGCAGAACAGCGUCCUUUACUUUCGACUGAUCCUCGAGCACCUGAAAGAAAUGUUCAGCAUCAUCUACACCCCAACCGAAGGUGACGCCAUCGAGAACUAUUCUCGCAUCUUCCGCAGACCCGACGGUUGCUUUCUGAGCAUCAAGCAUCCAGACGAAGUCGAAGAACGAUUGGCCCAAUUUAUACGCCCAGGUGAAGAUGAUGGAGGUGUUGACUAUAUUGUCGUCAGUGAUGGUGAAGAAAUCCUGGGAAUUGGUGAUCAAGGUAUCGGAGGUGUCCUGAUCAGUGUCGCCAAACUGGCUCUUAUGACCAUCUGCGCUGGGAUCCAUCCCGACAGGACACUGCCGGUCAUCCUCGAUGUAGGGACUGACAAUGAGAAACUACUGAAUGAUCCAUUGUAUCUUGGCCACCGCAUCAAACGUGUUCGAGGAGAAGCAUAUGAUGAUCUUGUCGAAAGAUUUGUCACCACAGCGAAGAAACUUUACCCAAAGGCCUACAUUCAUUUUGAGGAUUUUGGCCUUACCAAUGCAAGAAGACUGCUUGACAGGUACCGAGAUCGGACGGCCGUCUUCAACGACGACAUACAAGGAACCGGAUGUGUGACAUUGGCGUCAAUUAUGGCCGGCCUGAAAGUGGCUGAAGUCGACCUGAAGGAUGUGAGAACCGUGAUCUUUGGUUCCGGAUCGGCUGGCACCGGCAUUGCAGAGCAAGUUCAAGCUGCUAUUGCAACAGAAGCUGGUAAGAGCAAAGAGGAGGUUGCAAAUCAGAUAUGGUGUGUCGACAAGCCGGGACUGCUCCUCGAUUCUAUGGGUGACAAGCUUACCAUUGCCCAAAAACCAUUCGCCCGGAAGUCGACUGAGUGGGAUGGCAAGGAUACCAAAUCCCUACAAUCAAUAAUCUCCGAAGUCAAACCACAUAUCCUAAUAGGAACAUCAACAAAACCGGGCGCAUUCACUGAGGAUGCUGUGAGAGAAAUGGCCAAGCAUGUGGACAGACCAUUGAUAUUCCCGCUGAGCAAUCCGACUCGCCUACACGAAGCUAAACCUGAAGAUCUCGUCAAAUGGACCGAUGGUCGUGUUCUGAUCGCGACAGGAUCACCUUUUCCACCGGUGAAAUACCAUGACAAGGAGAUCGAAGUUGCAGAAUGCAACAACUCCGUGUGCUUCCCGGGCAUUGGACUUGGAGGGGUUUUGUCCCGCACCAAGCUCAUGACAGACAAAAUGCUUGUUGCAGCAACUCAAGCUUUGGCAAAAGAAGCCCCCGUGUUCAAGGAUCCGAACAAAGGCCUGUGUCCAGACGUGGAAGAAGCUCGACCAGUCAGCGUCAAAAUUGCGGCGGCAGUGAUCCGCGCCGCUGUCGAAGAAGGUCUCGCACAAGCUUCAGAUAUUCCUGUCGAGAAUGACGAGGAACUCGAGGACUGGAUCAAAGCUCAGAUGUGGGAUGCUGAAUAUCGGGAAUAUCAGCGAGCCUAA